AUGGAGAAAUUAUCUCUCACUAUUAAUAUGAGAGCAAGAACUGAUCAAGUAUUUGGAGAGUUCAAAUUAUCUCUCACUAUUAAUAUGAGAGCAAGAACUGAUCAAGUAUUUGGAGAGUUCUUAUUGCGCGUGGGGAAUGGAGAGGAACCCACAAUAGAUGAGAAUUUGAUACUUCUUCCACAUGAAAUGGUAAUAGAAUAUGAUAAUGAUGAAAACUCUGAAAAAAAUUUGAUUGAUGCUAUAUUUCCAUCAUUACAAGCAAAUUCAUCAUCUGCUGAAUACAUGACACAACGUGCUAUUCUUUCAACAAGGAAUGAGUAUGUCGAUGGACUUAAUGAAAAAUUAAUUGCAUUAUUUCCUGGUGAAGCGAAAACAUUCUUUAGCUUUGAUGAAGCGGUAGAUGACACAAAUAAUUAUUACCAAGAAGAGUUCUUGAAUACCUUAAUGCCGAAUGGACUCCUGCCUCACAAAUUGAUUCUUAAAAGAAAUUGUCCAAUCAUGCCGUUACGUAAUCUUGAUCCAUCUAAUGGAAUGUGCAAUGGCACACGAAUGAUCUGUAGAGGAUAUGAAUAUAAUGUUAUCCAUGUUGAAAUCAUAAUUGGUCAACAUUCUAGUCAAAAUGUCAUGAUUUCGAGAAUACCAUUAUCUCCAGCUGAAAAUGAGGGUUAUCCAUUCCAAUUUCGUAGAAAACAAUUUCCAAUCCGACUAUGUUUUGCAAUGACAAUAAACAAAGCGCAAGGACAAACAAUACCUUAUGUUGGAGUUUAUUUGCCACACCAUGUAUUCUCACAUGGUCAAUUAUAUGUUGCAUUAUCAAGGGGGAUAUCAAUGAGAACAACUAAGGUCAUGGACUAUAGCUAUUAUAGAUCAAAUUGCCUUGCUGCAGCCCGAUUCCCCAUGGCUCUCUACAGUUUGACAAAGAUGCAUCUUUUAAAGUUGAUGAAUGCUGCUAAAAUUGAGCUCCUUUCUGUCUUAUUUAUAUCAAACUUAAAGGAGAUAUGA